CACUUAAAAUACAUAAUCAAAUAACGAACUCGGGUAUCAAAUUAUGCUUAACAAUGUUGAUAGUUCACAUGGUUCAGUGUCGCUUUGUAGUACAAGUUGAAUUGUGGCGGCUAUAAAGUYUCUAGUAUUCAUUGUGCAUGGCUUGUAACGCUUCUGUUCUCGAUUCCUGUGGAGUAAACGGCAUCUGUAGUAACCACACUGCUACAGGACCAUCGUGUUUUUGUCUGAACGGCUUCAUCUUACAAGAUGGGAUCUGUUCCAAACCACAACAGCCAUUGCCAUACUCCGCUGUUGCUUCCUUCUGCUUUCUGUGCUUUCUGCUCAUCCUUGGAAAGCUCUUGAGGUUGUACUGUUGGAUUUUUCAGAAGCUUUACCUUCCUGCGUCAGUAAUAGGUGGAAUUCUUGGUCUGGUGACGAUUCAACUGGUGGACCUCGAUGUAAAUGUGUCGACUUUUAUCAAGCUCAACUUCACCCAAGGAUGGUAYAGCCUCGCAGGUUUUCUGAUUAACAUUGUGUUUUCAUCGCUGUUCCUUGGUACCAAGAUCCCUAAUGUUAAAGUUAUUUGGAACCAAGCCGGUCCUCAGCUCAUGUACGGUAUGAUAAUAGCMUGGGGUCAAUGGCUUGUGGCGUUGGUCGUCACUGGAGCUCUCCUGAUUCCUGUGUUUGGAGUGAAGCCAAUGUUUGCUUCAAUUUUACCCGUKGGUUUUGCUGGUGGACACGGCACGGCUGGCGGCCUCACACCAACAUACAAAAAGCAGGAAGUUAAAAUAUCCAUCAGAGGCGUGUAUGCCGUCGGUAGUCGACCACUGGCUGGUAUUCAGACUGUUCGUGCAAGCUCAAUCGAUGUUCUUGCUUUGCACUUAGCAGUAUUAGGCAUCGCCAUGCUGUUCGGUUAUGGUGUCAAGCAAGGGAUCAUUGCUAUCGAAAGCACGUCCAGUAAAUUGAAAGAACUGAACUUUUUGUCUGGUAUUCCUUUGUUUCCUUUCUGCAUGGCUGGAGGAAUCGUGAUGCAGUUAAUCAUCGAAAGGAUAGACACUCUCAACGACCUGGUCGACGCAUCAAUGAUGGAAAGAAUCGCUUCAUCAUCCCUUGACUUCCUCAUCACGUCAGCUGUAGCAACAGUGGACGUGGCUGCCGUAGCUGUUGACAUCGGACCUCUCCUCAUCCUCUGYACCAGUGGUUUUAUAUGGAACUUCAUCAUGCUUGGGGUAUUUGCACGAUUCUUAUUGCCCAACCACUGGUUCGAACGUGGUAUCGCAGACUUUGGGAUGAAUACCGGAGUGAUAGCUACAGGUCUUGUUCUAUUGCGCAUGGUCGAUCCAGAGUCUCGUACUCCAGUACCAGCUGACUUUGCGUUCAAACAGUUGCUUCAUUCACCGUUCAUGGGUGGUGGCGUAUGGACCUGCUUGGCCGUGCCUCUAUUGAAUAUACUCAACAUUUGGAUAGUAGCGGUCAUUGUUCUAGUCGUCUUUACUUUUUGGAUUUUAUCAUUCUUUUUUUAUUUCCGCAAGCGCUAUACGGGCAUGUGUAGCUGCAGCCUUUGUGCGGUCGAGAAACCUCGAUCCUACUCCAAGACUUCGGCAUACCUCAACCUUACGGAACCACGACGACAACCGGUCGACGGAAACGAAGAUGUUGAAUCAAGCCAUGAUAUGAGCAACACGGCUACGUCUUAUGGUGCAACGAGCGCCGAGAACGAGGAAAAAGCACUUAAAGAAUGACUCUAAUUUGUUUGCCCACUUCGUUGUUGAACGCAAUUCUCAUAUGGCCUCUGACUGCURGGAAUCAAGCAACCGUAUUUGAAAUUAUAUCGAGUCGAUUUAUGAAUGAAAAUUACUAUUUUUGAUGAUACUCAGGGACCGGACAUUUUUUAUCGCCGGGGGAGGGGGUUGGGGAAUGCAUGGGAGAAUUUAGGGAGGGGUGUCACAAACUUUUCAGACAAAUUAGAGGGGAACAGAUCACCCCCUAGGCAAUAAAUAAYGACCGGGCCCUUAUUUUACUAUAGCUGGCAUUCAAUCAUUCCCAAAGAGAAUGAAAUAACAAAAGACACGGCGGCCAAUGUUGGUUGAUACAACAAAAGAAUUCAUUGACUAUUCUUUUGUUAAAUUCAACUAAGAUGGCGGCUAUGACGUCAUAUGCAAACGAAGAAAUUGUUGCCAAUAAAAUGAUAAACUAAAAUAAAAUAAAUAAAACAAGGUAUUUUCGAAAA